AUGUCUUCAACAAAACGGCAAGGAAUAUUCAAGGAUCAAAACCCCUUGUAUAAAUUAUACAAAAAUGAGGAUAUUGCUCACUACAUCCCUCACAAUAAAAGACAUACUAUAACUUAGUAUAUGGGAAAAGUCAAUCUCCUUAUGGGUUCAAACACCAAUAAAGAUGACUAGUUCCAAUCAAUACAAACAUCAACCUUCAAAAAAAAUGACACGACCGAAUAUAAGGAGACAGUAAACGACCGAAGCAAAGUUAGUGCAUAGAUAAAGAACUUUCAUCUGAAGGAGAAGAUGUAUGUAGGAAAUGAGAAACCUCAAUCGGAAACUAGUGGAAUAAUGUCCCAGCCAGUUCAGGAAUUAGAUCGUUAAAAAGAUUAUGCUGAAAAAAGACAAGUUGUCAACUAGCUUAAAAACAGACUGCGAUCAUCAAAUUUCUAACUAGGAUCACAGAAUGACAAAAUUAACAGAUAGGAGAUUGAGGAACAGUACAAUAAGGAUUUUAAGGAAAUUUAUAAACAAGCUUUGACAAAGUCACCACCGCCUCAUAAAAACACAUCAACUAUUAAAAUGAGUCCAGCUUAAACUAUGAAAUUUGAGCCAUUUACAGAUUAUCUUGAUGUGAAUAAAAUGAAAAAAGAGGCUUUAGAGUAAGUUGAAAGACCUGUCAACCAAUCAGCUUUGAAGUAAAGCUCAAUAAGAUUUUCAUACAAUUAAAAAGGCAAAAGCCCCUUUUCCCAUAGAGGUUAGAGCCUCAAUUAUGAUGAGGCCAUGUCAACACAGGGAGCAAACAGUAGAGGUUUUUCUACAAAGCUUUCUCAAACAAGCCUUUCAAAUAGAUAUGAAGAAGUUGAUAAUAAUCUGAAUAAUUCAAAUAAUUUGCAUAUCAAUAAGAUUCUAAAAGCUUAAAAUGAACACUCACCCAGAACAUAUUUAACUUCAGGAAUAGGUCAAGCAAACUAGCCAGAUUUCCAAACAAUAAAUGUUAAGCAUCAGUUGAAUCUGGAUAAGUUUGAUGCCAGUCAGCAUAAAGAAGCUAGAGACUUGAGAGCCAAGAUGAGAUCAACUACUUAUUCAAUAGGCAGAAAAGGAGAGCCAAUUACACCAUAAUUAUAUGCUAGCUAGGCUCCUACACCACAACAAUUUUCACCAGACAAGCAAAGAGAAUAGGAUUAUAGAUUCGUGAAUCCUAAUCUAAUUAAGAAUUUGAACGUUGCUUAAGCUUAAAAUAUAAGUGAUAAGACUUAGAGAUUUAAUACUAUGCAUGGCAGUUACUACAAUACAUUCUACACUAAAGGGAAUAAUUAAGUUCAAUCACCGAUUGAUAGGCAAAUAAGAACCACAAAGGAACUCAAAAGUGAGUUAUUGGGUCAUGCCUUUGAGUUAGGGUUUGACGCAAAUGGCGGAGCUAAGAUUCCAGAUCCACUUCAUAGCAAAGCUGCUUCAAUUGACAUUUUAAAUCAAUCUUAUGGCAAUAAGAAUGCUAAGGAUGCUUUUAAGAUGGUUGCAGAGAAAUAGAAUUUCAAGAUUUCUCAAAAUAUAGGCAAAAGCGUAGAGGUGAAUGUUUGGAAUAAAUUUGAAGGCAAGAACUAUGGAACUGGCAGGCCAGUUAAUAACAUUAUUGAUCAAGAAGCACUAAAGAGAUCAAAUGUUCCUUUCGGUAUGAAUACUCCUCAGAUUGUUAGAGAAUAGCAAGUUCAAGAUCUUAACCCCAAAACCCUCACUUCAUUCUCACCUGACAUCAUAAACAAAAAGACUAAUGUUGGAAACUUCUAUCACAAGAUUGCAGAAUAAUUCAAACAAUCCAAAGUUCCGUUUUCUCCAGACCUUAGAAAAUCUAAUUUCAAGCCAGAUGAAUCGUUCACAAAUUCGUUUUAUAAGACUUAGUUUGAAUGGAAGCAACCAAAGUUCGAUAUGUCACAUUGA